GAAAGCAUUUUUUUAAUCUGUCGUAUUUUACUAGUUGACGCAUUGUGCAGUCGAAUGAUGGGUUGUAAAAUUUUAUUUUGUAUUUUAAGGAAAUAAAUGCAAUUAAUCAGCUUGUUCCCGAUACGCGUUAUCGCCUACCGACAUUUAUUCGCACACAAAGCUGCCUCGCAGGUGCUGAGUUUUACGGCGGUUUUAUCGUGUAAUUUGUAUUGUUAAAGUUAUCGAUUAGUGAACUCGACCCCAGUAAUCUCAUUGUUUUUAAUACAAUAAAUCUUCCUGCAACAAUAAUAAUGAAGUUACAGACAUUAUUGAUUAUGGCUCUACUUUCGUUGGCUGUUGCACAUGAUAGGAAGAUAAGUUCCGUAAUCAACCCAGGAUGUCCACAAUGUUCAGACAAUACGACACUUGUUUAUGUCAAGUGCGAGGGAGCCUCGGAUACUAUACAUCAAAUAUGGGACUUCACAAGAGGCAUUCCAACAGUGAUAUUCGCUGUUGCAGGCUUAAAUUCAACACUGACGAUUACUUGGGUACUUGAGGAUCCAAAAACAUUUGAACUGUCUGAAGCACCUUCAUAUAGCUUUGCUGUAGCACUGGAUAAACUGUACGAAUACAAUGAUUUGGAUGACAACGGCCACUACGACCCGAAGCUGCCCCACCACAUCUACGACCUUGACCACUUGACGUGGCAUCGUAACGAGAGCAACAUCACAGACAAGGAAGCCAUGGUGCGCCUAUAUGCCAACCUGUACAAUGAGAACACUGCAGACUUCGGCACUAUAUGGAUUAAGCUGGACCUGCUGCCGUACAAAGACUACGCGGCGGAGCUCCCGCACCUCAUCCACACGGCCAACUCCACGCUGUUCGACGUGAGCCUCGCCAACCUGUCGCGCUCGUGCGGCUACAACGCGUCCCGGUACGCACUGCGCCUGUUGCUGGCGAGCACGGACGCCGCGUCGCAGACCAUGCACCUCACCGUGCGGAAGAGCCUCGACGACGAACACACGCCCGGCGUGUUCGAGGUAAUAGAGAUCAAAACGCCAGCGCUGUAUGAUGAGGAAGUAGGUGGCUAUUUGCAGUUCAGACCUGUGGGCUAUGUUCAACCUGAGCGCGGCGUUGCCAGCUCGACCGUCGCGCAUUUUUCGUACUUCAAUAGGACAAAUCUUGCCAGUAACAGUACACUGAAGAGAUUCUACGACGAGUACGCCAAAGCGAAACUGCUCGUGCAGACCAUGGUGGUGUCGUUUGGUGAAGGCGGCGAUGGGUACUACGCACAGCACAACUACACUGCGUGGUCGUUCGCGGCGGGCUACGGGCUGCCGCCGGCGGAGAGCGUCUCGUGGUUCGUGGUGCUGGUCCUAUCGCUGGGGCUGGGCGUGCCCGUGAUGAUGACGAGUUUGUGCGUGGCGUUCGCGAUGGUGAGGCGCCGCGGACAGCCCGCCAGCCGGAUCCGCUUCGAUAACGAGGACGACGACUAGGCAUUCACCCCGCGCGGUCCAUGGAAAUCCUGGUAACGACACACUAGAAUUCCCCUUUUGAAAAUUUGAGCAUUAUUUUUACAGCCUUCUUCGAGAUAUGUCGCAAUAGGCGUAAUUAUUUAUUAUUUUGAAACACUACCUUAUGAUGUUCGGAAGUAUCUACUAUGUCACACACUAUAUCCAAACUACUAUAUGCAAAUUAUAACUUAUUUUAGGGGAAAUAAAAUGCAAAUUACAUUUGAAAUAAAAAAUAUUUCCCACGAAAACGCUCUUAACGUCGUAGGUAAAUUAGAGCUUAACUAAGUCCUUGUUGCAUAGCUACAGAUUAUUAAAUUAGGUAUUGACAUCAAAAACUUAGCCACUGCCAGUAUGAAAUCCCGAAAUACUUGUUAUACGCAGAGAUUUUCGAAGUUAAAGCGGUACAAAAUUAUGUUUAUAUAGACGUGACGUCAUAACUUCGAAUUCGGCGCUUUAUCUGUCAUGGCGGUCGCUAGAUAUCGCAAUUUAUUUUUUGAAUAUCUCACUUCGAAUAUAAAUCAUGGUCAAGAUUAGAUAAAUUAAAUAUUUUCGCGAUUCUUUGAUACUGUCAGUAUUCCUAUGGCCACGUGCGAGCAGCGGUCGUGGUUUAGCGGCCAAACAAUUUAUAUAUAUCUGCCAUAUAAUUUAAAAAUGGAACGAUCUUUUACUCCGGCUUUAAUUUAACAUGGCAACAAGGAAGGUAACCUUAACAAAGGUUUUAUUUAAAUUUCAAAGUGGCUUGCAUAUUCAAAACUGUUUAUUGAAAAAAAAAAUUAACAUUAACGCGGGCAAAAUUAAUGUUGUUCGUUAUAGAUUUUGAAAAGUAAUUGUAUUCGAUAAAAUCAGUUCAAGUGAAUACAUAAGAAAAGUGCUAUACAAGCCUUGGCCACAACGUAGACACACAUUACAGUUUAAUAGCUAUUUUAGAGCGUAAGAGGCAAUGUAAUUUAAGAAUCAAAAUAAAGCCGCUAACUGUUACAAAUGUUGUGUUAAAAUUAUGCUCAGAGUCUCGUGCGCGGUGCAAGUUUCCAUGUACACAACAUUUUAGUGUCUUGUUAUUGAGAAUUCUAUGUUAUACCAGAUCUGUAGUACCGGGCGGUAAUACCAGAUCGGUUCAAUAUGCAGUUAAUACCAAGUCGGUUAAACCCAGUGGAAAACGAGACCGGUGGAACCCAAUGGUUAUACAAGAUUGAUUAAAUCGCCUAAACCGGGUAGUAUUACCCCUAACGGUAAUACCAGUUACGUUCCACCAGCAUCCUAAGUAUAAGUUAAACUAACGCCAUAUCCACGUUAGCGUCAAUCUGUCUGUCUGACUGCCAAAAGUGAUACGGUAAAAGAAAUGGCCGGUAGAAGUAGUUGAUUUUCCAGUCGACUUCCAAAAGUAGGUAUAAUUUUGAAGUGUUUUAAAAAAAUCUCGAUUCUAAAUUGAGAUGAAAGCGACAUAAUUCAACGAAUAUAAAAGCUUAGAAGAUUUUACUUCUUGGUUUUUCCAUCAGAGGACUAGUAAAAUAUUUUAAAAUUAUCGUUCGGUUUGCUCUCGAAGACAACGAUCUCAAAUGAAAUGAAAUUGAAAUGAAAUGAAAUGACAUUUAUUCGCUGAAUAUGAGCUUACAUAGGGUCUUAUUAUAAUAUAACAUUCCUCCAUAUUCUACUAUUAAGCAUGCGAAAUGUAAAAUGUACUCAAUGGAUCUAUAGUUCAUCCGCUGAAACAGUUUGCAGUACACCCGCAGUUUAUAUUGGUGUGUCGCGAUUCAGAUUACUAACAGAAGUAAUUCUGGUUUCCCGUAAAAAAAUUAUACAAGUAGAGCAUUUCUCUACGCAUCAGAGUUCGUCCGGCAAAGUACUACUAUUUAGUCUUUGAAGUAGCCGACGCCCUCCUUUCGGCAUGGACUCGCGGUUAGUUUCAAACCAACUGUUACAGCGAAUGAACUAUAUAUUAUCACGUUAAGCUAUGAAUGUAUAUUUUAUCCCGUGUCUCUUCGUCUGCACGUUUUUUUUUUCUGAAAACCAAAUAAGGUUAUGUCACUCGCCGGUCCAUAUUCUAUCACAAUGCAAUAUAUCAAGACAGUCGGUUGUCUUCUCAUAUACUCAUCAGAGAAACAAAUGCGGCGUUAUCGAUCACUCCGAUCGUUUACUCUAGCGGUACUUAAUACGAUCUUUCAAAUGUUUAUAAAAUAUUGUAAUGUUUUUAUCACUAGUGCAGCAAAGUAUCGCAUUUCCAAUGUUGUCUAGAUGUAAUAGAUGUGUAUUUUAAAAUAUUCGUAUAUAAAUGUUAAUUAUUAAAUAUCUAGUAAAGACCUAAGAUUAACUACAUAAAUAAAAGCGGGACGCGACGAGAUAAAACUUAGAAGUAACCGCUUGCGAGAGAAAAGGAUUCAGUGAUUGCCCCAUUCUUCUACACGCAUAGAUAAGGAAGAGAUAAAUUGAUAAUUAUUAUAAUAUUUGAUAAAUAAUAAUUGGUAUAUGUGUCCU